GACCCCUGGGAAAAAAUUUGCCUUGUCCUUACACAGAAAGCUUUAAGCACUGGUCAGCUUCGAUCCUGCAUACAAUCCAUUGGAUAUCAAAAGAGAGCUCACUGCCGAGGGGCCCUAGAUAAACCGCAGCCAUGUCUUCAGACUCUGAGAUGGCCGUCUUUGGGGUGGCAGCUCCUUUCCUCCGCAAGUCAGAGAAGGAGAGAAUUGAGGCCCAGAACAAGCCUUUCGAUGCCAAGACAUCGGUCUUUGUGGUGCAUCCCAAGGAAUCCUUUGUCAAAAGUGUACUCCAGAGUCGGGAAGGAGGGAAGGCCACAGUCAAGACGGAAAAAGGAGAAACGUUGACUGUUAAGGAAGAUCAAAUCUUCUCCAUGAACCCUCCCAAAUUUGACAAAAUUGAGGACAUGGCAAUGAUGACCCAUCUCCAUGAACCUGGUGUCCUGUAUAACCUCAAAGAGCGUUAUGCAGCCUGGAUGAUCUAUACCUACUCAGGCCUCUUCUGUGUCACUGUCAACCCCUACAAGUGGCUGCCAGUGUACAACCCAGAGGUGGUGAUGGCCUACAGAGGCAAGAAGCGCCAAGAGGCCCCUCCGCACAUCUUCUCCAUCUCUGACAACGCCUAUCAGUUCAUGUUAACGGAUCGGGAGAAUCAGUCGAUCCUGAUCACUGGAGAAUCCGGUGCUGGAAAGACUGUGAACACAAAGCGUGUCAUCCAGUACUUCGCAACAAUUGCAGUUUCUGGGGAGAAGAAGAAGGAAGAGCCAGGCAAAAUGCAUGGGACCCUUGAAGAUCAAAUCAUCAGCGCCAACCCCCUGCUAGAGGCCUUUGGAAAUGCCAAGACUGUGAGGAAUGACAACUCCUCACGCUUUGGUAAAUUCAUCAGAAUCCACUUUGGUGCCACAGGGAAACUGGCUUCUGCUGACAUUGAAACAUAUCUGCUGGAGAAAUCCAGAGUCACUUUCCAGCUCAAGGCAGAGAGAAGCUACCACAUCUUUUAUCAGAUCAUGUCCAACAAGAAGCCAGAACUAAUUGAGAUGCUUCUGAUUACCACCAACCCAUAUGACUUCCCUUUUGUGAGUCAUGGUGAGAUCACUGUAGCCAGCAUCGAUGACCAGGAAGAGCUGAUGGCCACAGACAGUGCCAUUGAUAUCCUGGGCUUCAGUGCUGAGGAAAAAACAGCCAUUUACAAGCUGACUGGGGCUGUCCUGCACUAUGGAAACAUGAAGUUCAAGCAGAAGCAGCGAGAGGAGCAGGCGGAGCCGGAUGGCACAGAAGUGGCUGACAAAGCAGCUUAUCUGAUGAAUCUGAACUCAGCCGACCUGCUCAAAGCCAUGUGCUGCCCCCGAGUCAAGGUUGGGAAUGAAUAUGUGACCAAAGGUCAAACAGUGCAGCAGGUGCACAAUUCGGUGGGUGCUCUGGCAAAGGCUGUCUAUGAGAAGAUGUUCCUGUGGAUGGUCGUUCGUAUCAACCAGCAGCUGGAUACCAAGCAGCCCAGACAGUACUUCAUUGGAGUGCUGGACAUUGCUGGCUUUGAGAUCUUUGAUUACAACAGCCUGGAGCAGCUGUGCAUCAACUUCACCAACGAGAAACUGCAACAGUUUUUCAACCACCACAUGUUCGUGCUGGAGCAAGAGGAGUACAAGAAGGAAGGGAUUGAAUGGACAUUCAUUGACUUUGGGAUGGACCUGGCUGCCUGCAUUGAGCUCAUUGAGAAGCCAAUGGGUAUUUUCUCCAUCCUGGAGGAGGAGUGCAUGUUCCCCAAGGCAACUGACACUUCUUUCAAGAACAAGCUCUACGACCAGCAUCUUGGCAAGUCCAACAACUUCCAGAAGCCCAAGCCUGCCAAAGGAAAGGCUGAGGCCCACUUUGCCCUGGUGCACUACGCUGGCACUGUGGACUACAACAUCACCGGCUGGUUGGAGAAGAACAAGGACCCACUGAAUGAAACAGUCAUUGGGCUGUACCAGAAAUCGUCAAUGAAAACACUGGCUUUGCUCUUUGCCACAUAUGGUGGAGAUGCAGAAGGUGGUGGUAAGAAGGGAGGCCAUAAGAAGGGUUCCUCUUUCCAGACGGUCUCUGCUCUUUUCAGGGAGAAUUUAAAUAAGCUGAUGACCAAUCUGAGAAGUACCCAUCCGCACUUUGUGCGCUGUAUCAUUCCCAAUGAAACAAAGACACCAGGUGCCAUGGAACAUGAACUCGUACUUCACCAGCUCAGGUGUAACGGCGUGCUGGAAGGGAUCAGAAUUUGCAGGAAAGGAUUCCCCAGCAGAAUCAUUUAUGCAGAUUUUAAACAGAGAUACAGGAUUUUAAAUGCAAGCGCCGUUCCAGAAGGACAGUUCAUGGACAGCAAGAAGGCUUCAGAGAAACUACUUGGGUCUAUCAAUAUUGAUCAUACCCAGUAUAAAUUUGGUCACACCAAGGUUUUCUUUAAAGCAGGACUCCUGGGUCUUCUAGAGGAGAUGAGAGAUGAUAAAUUGGCAGAGAUUAUGACCCGCACACAAGCCAGGUGUCGUGGCUUCCUGAUGAGAAUGGAAUAUCAAAGAAUGGUGGAAAGGAGAGAGUCCGUCUUCUGUAUCCAGUACAACGUUCGCUCAUUCAUGAAUGUCAAGCAUUGGCCCUGGAUGAAGCUCUACUUCAAGAUCAAGCCCUUGCUGAAGAGUGCUGAAGCUGAGAAGGAGAUGGCCAACAUGAAGGAGGAGUUUGAGAAAACCAAGGAAGAGCUUGCUAAGUCUGAGGCCAAAAGGAAGGAACUGGAGGAAAAGAUGGUGAGCCUGCUACAGGAGAAAAACGACCUGCAGCUCCAAGUGCAGACUGAAGCUGAAGGCUUGGCUGAUGCAGAGGAAAGAUGUGACCAACUGAUCAAAACCAAGAUCCAGCUUGAAGCUAAGAUUAAGGAGCUGACUGAACGGCUGGAGGAUGAGGAGGAGAUGAACGCUGAACUGACAGCCAAAAAGAGGAAACUGGAGGAUGAAUGUUCAGAGCUGAAGAAAGAUAUUGACGAUCUUGAGUUAACAUUGGCCAAAGUUGAGAAAGAAAAGCAUGCCACAGAAAACAAGGUGAAAAACCUCACUGAGGAGAUGGCAGUGCUGGAUGAGACCAUCGCUAAACUGACCAAGGAGAAGAAAGCCCUCCAGGAGGCCCAUCAGCAGACCCUGGACGACCUGCAGGCAGAAGAGGACAAAGUGAACACACUGACCAAAGCGAAAACCAAGCUGGAGCAGCAAGUGGACGAUCUUGAAGGGUCACUGGAGCAAGAGAAGAAACUCCGCAUGGACCUUGAAAGAGCCAAGAGGAAACUUGAGGGAGAUUUGAAGCUGGCCCAGGAAUCCACAAUGGAUUUAGAAAAUGAUAAACAACAGCUGGAGGAAAAACUGAAGAAGAAAGACUUUGAAAUAAGUCAGUUCCAAAGCAAAAUUGAGGAUGAGCAAGUCCUAGGCAUCCAGCUCCAGAAGAAGAUCAAAGAAUUGCAGGCCCGUAUUGAGGAGCUGGAGGAGGAGAUAGAGGCUGAACGUGCCUCCCGGGCGAAAGCAGAGAAGCAGCGGUCGGAUCUCGCCAGGGAACUUGAGGAGAUCAGUGAGCGCCUGGAAGAAGCUGGUGGGGCCACAGCGGCUCAGAUUGAGAUGAACAAGAAGCGGGAGGCAGAAUUCCAGAAAAUGCGCCGAGACCUUGAAGAGGCCACUCUGCAGCAUGAAGCCACGGCUGCCACCUUCCGGAAGAAGCACGCGGACAGCACAGCAGAGCUGGGGGAGCAAAUCGACAACUUGCAGCGCGUCAAGCAGAAGCUGGAGAAGGAGAAGAGUGAACUGAAGAUGGAGAUUGAUGAUCUUGCUAGUAACCUGGAGACUGUCUCCAAAGCCAAGGCAAACCUUGAGAAGAUGUGCCGCACUUUGGAAGAUCAGCUGAGUGAGGUUAAGACAAAGGAAGAAGAGCAUCAGCGUAUGAUCAAUGACCUCAGUGCUCAAAGAGCUCGUUUGCAGACAGAAUCAGGUGAAUUUUCACGCCAGGUAGAAGAGAAAGAUACUUUGAUUUCUCAGCUCUCCAGAGGCAAACAGGCAUUUACCCAACAGGUUGAGGAACUGAAGAGGCAACUAGAGGAGGAAGUAAAGGCUAAGAACGCGUUGGCCCACGCCUUGCAGUCUGCUCGCCAUGACUGCGACUUGCUCCGGGAGCAAUAUGAGGAGGAGCAGGAAGCCAAGGGUGAGCUGCAACGCACCCUGUCCAAGGCCAACAGUGAAGUGGCCCAGUGGAGAACCAAAUACGAGACGGACGCCAUUCAGCGCACAGAGGAACUGGAAGAGGCCAAGUAGGUGCUGGGGUGGGGGAAGAC